AUGGAUCAAGAGACUGCAAACAAGCUCUUUGACGUUGGAGCUUUCAUGCUCUUUAUGGAUGCGCCUCCUAACCUAGAGUUUGGCAUCGAUUACAAUGCUUGGACAAUUGGACCCUUAUUCAAAGGUGUCAAGUUAAUACCGCCUGGUCUUCAUUUCAUAUACUUUUCAACAACAAGCAAAGAAGGCACUCAAGGCAUCAGAACUGGCUUUUUCCAUUUCUUUGAAUCGCAAGAGAUUCUAGUCAGAGAAUGGAAUCCACAGAUUGAAGAUCUUCGAGAUGAAUCCGACUUGGACCCUCUUCAAGUAGAACGCAUUCGCUAUAAUAUCAAAAGCUUUGACCGUAAUAUGGGCCCUUACCCGCUUGAUCCACCCAUUUACUAUCAACGAUGGAAAAAGUUGACAAAUUAUAUUACACCAGGGCUUGUUAGACGUGUUUUGCCAAACAACGGCAAAGUGAGUCAUUUGCCAGAUAAAUCAGUUGAUAUGCUAGAUCAAGAUACCAAUACAGUCAAUGAUAAAAGGUUGGGCAAAGCAAUUGAAAAAGAGGAAGGCAUGGAUUUUACAGCAUUUGAUCUUCGAAAAUCGUUUCCAACUGGAGCUUCUGGGGAUGAAGUGACAAAAUGGAGCUUGGACAAGUCAUGGCUGGCUGGACACUUACUUCGGGAUGUGUAUCAUGAUGAUUACAAGAUCAUGCUGGGCGAGCUGCAACUCUCGUUUGUCUGUUUGUUGAUGGCACAGAAUUUUUCAGGAUUCAAUCAAUGGAAAAAGAUGGUUCAUUUGCUGUGCUCAUGCAAUGAAUUGAUGACAGAGAAAUCGGACUUGUUUAUUGAGUUUAUGGAUGUGCUACAGUUUCAGCUGGAUGAGUGCCCUGAAGAUUUCUAUCGCGAUAUUCUGUCUGAAGGCAAUUUCACAAGCAUCAUGUUGAAGACAUUGCAAAGAAAUAUCCCUGGAUCAGAAGAGAGAUUAGUGUCACGUUAUUCAAAGCUUCGAUAUUUCAUUGUAAACAAGUUUGAUUGGAAAGUAGCAGAUCAUGAGGACGAGGAAGAGGAUGAAGACGAUGCUCCAGUGAUAGUUGAUUUAGAGGAAUAA